AGCUGCAGUUAAAUCUUAGUGAAGAAGACCUCAGCUCCCAGGAAGAGCAUGGCGCGGGUUAUGUGUCGGUUCGACUCCCUUCGCUGCGGAACCAGGAGGUAACAGCGGUGUCACGGCGGGAUCUAGCCGAGAAUCAGCGACGGUCUGACGGUUAGAAAGAGACGGUUAAGUAGGGUCGGUUUGAGAAUCCAAAACAAUGGACGACAACCCUGCUCGGAGGGAGGUAGCUCGUCCGAGGAGGAGGGCGUCUGCCGCAGCCGCAGCCGCGGAGGUUGGAGCUAACGUAAGCCUGCAAGAUGGCGAGGUAAUGGAGGUCCACUCAGCCCGAGAAACUCAAGCUGGUCCGGACAGACAGGGUGCUCCUGGCGGGAGGACGGAGAGGAGGAACUCGGGACCGCUGGUCCACCAGAGACACAUGCCGAUGGAGCCCCUCAAGUUCCAUAUCCCGAGGAAAACCAAGGAAAAGAGAGCGCUGUUCCAGCACGUCUCCACUGAGUCCAGGGAGUACGAGGACAUGAUGACCAUCCUGACUGCCAGCUACAUCGACACCGGCUCUGCCGGCUGCUUCACCUACUGCAAACCUAGGCUCGUCCACAGCGAGCUGCUGGAGAAAGAGUUUGUGGAGAAGAGGAAGGAGAUGAAGGCAGAUGGGAGGACAGACAAGGAGCUUGAGGAGAGCUACUGUUUCCUGUUGGCUGAUUCUGUUAAGCUGCCCUGUCUCUGUGAGAAGGGGCUGCUUGUGGGUCAGAGCUGGAUCACACUGCUGGGACACCCCAGUAAAGGAGUGUAUCUGUCCAGGUACUCUGACCUACUUCAGAUUAACCCCUUAAAUGUUGGGGUCACGGGGGAGAUCAUCAUCUUCAAAGUGAUGAAGGGGAAAGUGAAGAGCAUCUAUGAGAACAUGAAGAACGUUCUGGAUCCUACGCCACGCUUUGACAGCCACAUCUCCAAGAACGCCAGCAAAGUCACAUCGCUCACAUCCUACCGCGCCUUCGAACUCACACAGCAAUACUUCUACGAGUAUUCCUUCGACGAGCUGCUGCAGCGCCCUCGCCAGGUGUGUCCGUACGCUGUCGUCUCCUUCCAGUUCAAAGGAAAAGACUCGCCCCUCCCCAGCAAGCCUCUGACCCCCAUCAGGUUGAACAGCCAAUCAGCAGAGGGGAGUAAAGAGCGUGCUCAGUUCACAGUGUGGACUGGAGAUUUGGUGAAAGGGGACCAGGUUCUCUUCCAGAUCUCCCUUCGCUCCUUCUCUCCUCCCUUCUUGCCCCACAGACUACCAGAGAAGUUGGAAAUCGGUUGGUUGAUGAAGCUGGAGCAGGUGACCAAGCUGCUGCCCUCCGACCUGCUCUCGUACAACCUCUACAACAGCAGCCAAGAAGUUGUGAAAAAUGGCCGUUGCUGCAGUCUUCUGGAGGUGACUGACAGAAGUCGGUCUACGACCAGCGUGACGAGACUGCUGCAGGAACUAGAGAUGAACAGAGUGGUUUUGGUGACUCAGCUUACAGACAGAGGCUUUCUCUUCCUGAUAUCCAGUGUUCAGAUGGCCACACCCUCUGAGAGAGGAGAGAGCUGGAAGAGGUGUCUUCAGGCCUUGUUUGUGUUCCCGGAGUCCAGAGAUGUGGCCAAAUCCACAUUAAGGUGUGCCUCCUCCUCCCAUGAUGCCUCAGAGGCGUUGAUGUCUGGCGGCACGGUGAUGCCGCGACUGAGCCAGUUCAUCCCGGUGUUGCACCAUGCCCUGGUCAAGGCCCGAGCCAACCCCCCUCCUGAGCUGUCUGCCGGGGUGGAGCGUCUGGCACGGGAAUACCUCGUCAGCCUGAACGAUGGCAUAGUUCGACAGUACCCCAUGAGCGAGUACGAUUCCAAACUGGAUGAGCGAGGAAAGUUGUUUCCUGCUCCCAAACACCACCGGGUGAACAUGGACGGCUACCUGCGCUCCUACCUGUACAGCCCAGUCCUCUACCUGCUGUCAGUGGCCCGGGCCAGGCAGAUGAUGGAGGCGCACUGUGGCCCAGAGGAGCCUCAGGAGGUGAGGCUCAGGAAGAGCCGAGGAGGCCAGAGGGAGGCGACAGGGAAGGAGGCGACCAGCAACGCUAGAGACGGACAGACCAACACUCAAAAGAUGCAGCAGCUGAUAGACCUGGUUUUGACCUGUAAGAGGAAUGCAGAGAACGAGGUGAGGAGGGAGGAAGGAGGAGGAGGAGGAGGGGUGAAGGUACCAGGGAGGAAGAGGAAAAUGGAACAGGAGACCGCAGAGAGGGCGCUUAAGUUCCUGAAGGCAUCGCAGGAUCCUGGAAGACACAGCAAGGUUCCUGUUGAGGGAAGCCCAGUCCCUGGCUCUCCUGGCUCUCUUGCGUCUGUGAUUGGCUCAGUGGGUUUGAAGGACGUUGAUCUGAGGGAAGAUGGAUCUGAACUAGCUGCGAGACUUCUCAGUCUGCUAACAGGCCUCAACCAGGCUGCCAUGGGAACGGCCAAUCAGAGCGUCGGUGAAAUGCAAGAGGAGGGGCAGAGGGAAUCCUGUCCGUUUGAUAAGUUGGCCACCAAGCUCGGUCUGCCCACCAGCUGUGACAUUGACCUGAGGAAGCAGGAUGAGCUGGAGACGGCGGGCAGCGUCAGUAGUUCGGAGGGAUUCAGUCCCAGCUCCCACAGCGGGGAGAUGAACCACCACGGAGCAGCAAGUAGAGGAGGAGAAGGAGAAAGAGGAGGAGAAGGAGGAAGAGGAGGAGAAGGAGGAAGAGGAGGAGGAGGCCAAGUGAGGAGAGCAGCAGGAUACGAAGAGGCGGAGGAAGCAGGAGAGAUCCCUUGGGUUCUAAUCCAUCUUAUUACAAGUGUGUGUUCACAGAGGUACACCCAGAGAGACCGAAACAUCCCUCAGGACCCCCGCUUCCAGCACCUCGCCACGGCAACGAGCAUCACCACGGCAACCAAACCUCGCCGGAAGAGCUCCACCCCGUCUCCAGAGCCAAGCAUUCCUCCUUCCCCCCUCCAGUGCCUGUCCCCUGAGCCCAGCCCUCCUCACUCCCCCUCCCAAUGCCCAUCACCUGACCCCAGCCCUCCCCAGUCACCCUCCCAAUGCCCGUCUCCAGAGCCCAGCCCCCCCCAGUCACCCUCCCAAUGCCCGUCUCCAGAGCCCAGCCCUUCCCCUUCACCCUCCCUAUGCCCGGACCUUCAGCUUGGCCGUUACCACUCCCUCUCCUGGUCCCAGUACACGGAGCCUAAUGAGCUCAGCACGUUUAAGGAGGACCACAGUGGUGCUAACGAGGAGCAGUUAGCCGCCACGGCCUCCAGGGAGUUUGCAGGUAACCUCAGCCACACCGAGUUGUUCUCAGGGUCUAACUUGUUGUAG